ACGUUAUGGGAUGGAUGGAGACACUCAAGCUCGCCAAGGCCAACUAGCUAGCUACUCGUCCCCUUCCUUUUGCGCCUUCUUGAGGCGCUUCCUCCUCUUAUCUCCCACCGCCUUGUGCCGUCUGUUGCCCUUGCCCUUCCUCUUGUGUCGCGCCAGCCUGGCCUCUAGCUCCUCCAACUUGUCAUACUGACGGUCCGCCUCGUCCAGAUGGCGGCGGCCCUCCUCCUCACGCCGCAGCCUCUUCUUCUUGCACUCAUCGCCAGACCCUGAAAUAAAUAGGCAUUCUCAACACACAUACGCAGACGAAUGCGAUUCGCGAAUGUCUGCCAUCUCUGCCCUGCCGAAUGCACCUUCCUCAGACGACAUGAUUUCGUCCUCCACGACGAAUCCCUGCUGCCCCCUGUCCACCUCCCGAGCCGCCGCGUCGGCCUCCUGGUACAGACGCUCCUCGUCGACGAAGGCCCCGCCAUUGUCAUUGUCCAGCUGACUCUCGUCCACGUGAGCCUUGGCGGCCUUCUGCUUGGGCGCUGGUGGUGGGGGCGCCUUGAUGUGCUCGCGAAGGCCGUCCAGCGCCUUGGUCGGGUCGGGCUCACUGCCUGACGACUCCUCCGAGUCCUCCCACUCCAUCUCCUCAUCAUCGUCAUUGUCACGCUGAGGGGGCUGGUCCUCAGCCGACGGGCGGUCCCUGCCUUGUGGGUGGGGUCUCUGACGUCGCUUGCGUCUCCGUUGGUUGAGUGCUGGGUCAGGUUUGUCGAGCCAGGGGUUCUUGUGGCAGAGACGGUCGAGGGCGUCGUCUUGGAAGUCAUGCUCGUCCAUCUCCCGGCGUGGCACUUGGAUGCGCCGGCCCUCCUGACGGCGCUGCAGCCUCCUCCGCAGGGCAGCCUCGCCCCAACCUGGUGAAUGAAGACAAGAUACAGAUGGAUGGAUGGAUGGCUGGAUGGAUGUCUCUGUGUGCGUGUGUGUGUGUUACCCUCAUCGCUGGAUGGGUCAGGUUCCGAGUCCGACGGCCGAUCCUCCUCACCCUCAUCACGGUCGCCAUCGUCUUCAUGUAGUGCUGUGGCCGGCCUGCUCUCCUCUCGCGGCCGCGGAGGCCCUGCAGCAGGCUGAGCACCAUUGGCAGCCACGGCCUGAACACAUGUAUGUAUGAGUAACCAUGCCGACUGGGGGAAUGGCUGUCUGCCAGUAGAGGUGAGUCAGUCGGUGGGGCAUGUAUCAAUAAACCACCUGCGUGUUGUUGAUGUGGAACACCUUCCGCCAGUUGAUCUUGUCGCCAGACGUGCUGUUGUUGGCGACGAGGUCCUCAUACGACAGGGGAAGCACCAUGACAGGCGACUCACCGGACGGCAAGAAGGGCGAUUGCCGCCCAUAGCGCGCCAUGGCAGCAGCGCGGAAGCGACGGUAGGGCGAAGACGCGUCAGGGGCGGCGCCGGCCACACAAUCCAGCAAACCGUCAACCUCCUGACGCCUGAGCGAAUGUUCGGCAGGCAGCAGAGGGAAGACUGAGUGACGGACAACCUUCUCUCCUGCCUCCUCACCUCUCCUCGUCCGUCCCCUCUCCCGUGGCGAAACUCUCCACAAGCUCCUCUACGAUGUCCGGGGGCAGGCCGUCGGUGUGUCUGGAAGCCUGUCUGCCGGAUGAUUUGGUUGCCGAGGCUGGCAGGGUGGUGUUGGGGGGACCGUGGCUCGCCCGCUGGGUCUCAUACUGUGAGUGGGUGAGGGGACGCUCGCUUUGGGCCUCCAACACGCGGAUAUACCUGGUGAAGACCGCCUCAUGCAAACGCCCCACCGACACGCUGUCCUGUUGGGCAAACAGGGUUGAGCAAGAGAGAGCAAGUGAAAUGACCAGGUGGCAUUCACUGUGUGACCUCGCCAGAUCCCUGACCUCUUCCUGCCGGUACUCGGGGACCAUGUUGAAGCCCUCGCCGGUCCCCUGCUGCUUGGACGCCGUGGAAAGCGCCUUGGAUGCGCGGCAGAGGGUCCUCAUGGACCUGACGAAUGAAUCGAUAGGGAGAGCAUGUCAAUUGUCGGUCAAUUCGUCGGUCGAGAUGCUUACUCCUUGAGGGCGUCAUUGUUGAGAGCAUGGAGCCCGCCCGCUCUCGCCUCUGCAUACAACACACUGCGAUACUCCUCACGAGCUGACAAUUAAGGCAACAACACAACAACGGAGAGCGCAUGUAUGUCUGCAGUCGUACAUAUGUCUUGUGCGUAUCUGAUUUCCCACGUACGUACGUGUCAUCCACGGUGGGAGGUGGCCGCGGAAGGGACUGUUGCGCAUCCGUUUGAGCAGCUCGAUCUGCUUGCUGGCUGCAAGGGCCGCCCACCCGACGCGCCACAACAGGUGAUGAAGACACGAUGCAACCAAACAAUGCUGGACGAGGGGAGGGAGGGAGUGACACAAACCUCGGGAUCCCAGUGACCGAGCGUGUGUCUUCGUCCCCCCAUUUGUGUAUACCUGAAUGAACUCUUGUGUGGUUUGUUGCGUCGGCACGCCAGCUGCAGGCUGGCCAUCGGAGGGCUGCAGUGGGCUCAAGGUCUUCAUGCCGGCCUCCACGUCCUCUAGCACCUCGGUCAGAAUGGCGUACGACAGGCUACUCUCGCAUAUCUGGGAUGGAAGACAACACAAACACAGCCAGUCCUGAUGGGUCAUUCCAUUCCCUGGCCGUGUUCAAUCUUGGCGUCAUCUAUCUCAUCUGACCAUGAGGCGGAUCGCUAUGGCAUGGAAGGGCUGCUUCAAGUAUGAGGGAGAGGGGGUCACACGGCUAUCAAACAGCAACGGCUGCACAGACAAGCAACGGAAGAUCGCCCUGUGCCAUCUCUAUUUUUUGUCCGUGCUCACCCGCAGCCCGUGUGUGCAUUCGCGCAGGCGUUGGACGCUCUUGGCGAGUUUGUCGUACCCCUCCAGGGCCUUCCGCAGCCACUCCCUCAGCGGGUCAGUCGGCCCCUGUCUAUCGGGCAGCAGCUCCCCCAGCAACUCCAACACCCCCGACGCCAGCGCACCCGCGCGGUAGUACAUGGUCUCCUGUCUGUGGUCGCUCUCCUCGCCGCGCGGGAUGCCCAUCAGGCUGAAGUAGUCGUUGAGGAUGAGCACCUUGGCGUUGAUGAGCAGCGGCAGGUGGGUCGCCACGACCGGACGCAUCCUCUCGUAGAAGUAUCUCUGGCCGUCCGCCACAUCGCCGGAGCUCCUGUACUCGAGCACAUCGUCCAGAACCUUGAGCUCCUCCUCAAGUGGCUCUACGAUGCUCUGGCGCUCUUGUUUCUCGCUCUCGGCCCACUGGGGAGGCUUGACGAGCCUCUGCCGCUCCCCUACUCGCCGCCAAGUGUCGACAGUCGCCACCUUGGCCUCCGCCCUGCGCACCUCCUGAUGGGCCCGCCUCAGCAGCUUCUUGAGGUGGUGAAGUCCCGGCCCGGCCUUGCCGCGCUGCUGCUCCUCCCUGUCCUGCUCCUCACGAACCCUCCUGAUCUUGGCCUGGCACAGCCGCCCAGCCAUCUGGGCAGCCGCCAUGCCGUCCGCAAGAGAUACCACGUCGCCCUUCUUGUGAUAGUCGAGCAGCAGUGUCUCGAUGAGGGCGAUGUACAGCUCCAUCUUGCUGAGGAACUUGUCGACCUCGGCCUUGGUGAGGUUGCGGUCCUUGGACGCGGCGUCCAUGAAGGCGGUAGCGAGGCUGUCGACGAGCUUGUAGGGGUCGCCGUGGAGGGAGAUCUCAGCCAUCCUUUCGCCGUAGAUGGACACGUUUGCCUGCACAGCAAGCCGGGCCGUGAAUGCGAUGACGGCCACGAGGGUCUCCUGGACAUGUUGGAAGGCCGGAUGCCGUGCACUCAGUUGCCCUCGCAGCUUCUGUAUUGCCUCCACUGACUGGUGGCCGUAGAAGAGGGCGGUGGCGACGUCGCCAUCGUUGCGAAGCAGCACAGCGAGGCGCUGUGCGGCUCGGAUGGCAUGAAGGUCUUUAGAAAUCGCCGGCUCACACUCCAU